GAAAAAACAAGUCACUGAAAAUAACACUGUCAAACAGUUGAAGCUCUUUUCACAGAAAUAACUUUAAAUGGAUGAGAAGCAGCCAUUGAGGUUAAGCUGGGGUUCAAACGGCACCCAGGUCAAAAAUGUCCCUGCCAACAAGGCCAGAGGUGAGCAGUCGGGGCUGGGGGCCAGUGUUGGUACCCAGCCAAGCCUGGCUCUGAAUCCAAGCAGCAGGAGACCAGAGGCUGGAGACCAGGCUGCCAUCCAUCCCCAGAGACAGAAGCUUAAGAAGGAAAGAAGCAAACCCCGAAAGAUAAAAAGAGGAGUAUAUUUAAUGCCAUUAAAGCAUCAUAAAGCAUAUACCUCCGGAUCCCAAAGGAGAUGUAGACCUCUCCUGCUAUCCGAAGUGCGUAAAAGGCACGAACCUAAGCCAACCAAGCCAACCCUCCCAACCAAGCCAACCAUCCGGCCUCUGCUCAUGCAUGGCCUGAGGAUCAAUGAGUACCGGGCCAUCUACAACACAGUGGUGGAGCCCUUCACUAGUACUACUAGUACAUUGUCAUCAUAUUGUCACCCCCAAGGCAUAAACUUAAAGGAGAGACUGUGGCUCACACUGGACAGACCAAAGCUUGAGGAGGUGGUCCACAAAGACAGUCGUGUGGAAGUUAUAGAAACGUUUAUCUCUGUUUUUUAGCCGUAGGCAUCAAGUCUGAGACAGCAGUGCGCUCAGGUGGGGCCCACACCCAAAUUGACUGUGUGUGUGGCUGUCCUCCCAACCCAUAUCCACAAUAUGUGUGUUAAACAAAAACUCUAUAUAUGUUUAAAACUAUUUUGAAAUAUUAAACUGAAUUUCCCUCUGA